AUGUUGGUCGUCGGGUCGUGCUGGCCUCAAGACCAUCCCGACUCCGUGAACGCAUCACCUACGUUGUGUGGACUUGUUCUAAAAUGGCGGCGCCAUACACAAUGUCGAGAUGAAACGGUCGGGAAAGACGACUACCCAACCGAGACAGCCGCCACUGCUGCUGCCGGUCAGGUGACUGAGACCGCCGCCGAGGCUGUGCAGCAAGUUCUUGCGAUGCCCGGAGCCGGAGAGGCUGAUACCGCCGCCGGAGGUGUCGCGACGAACGGCCUGAGUCGUCUCCUCGACCUGGGAUUGACAGCAAGUUGGUGGGAAGAUGUGAAAGCCCAGGAGGGCGGCGAGCGAUAG